AUGAUCUGGCUCUAUUAUCGUACCCAUUUAUUCCUUCUCCCUUUACUCUUCUUAAUAUCAGCAAUUGUUAUCGCUGGACAAGAUAACGAUUUAACACAAUAUGUAAACGCUUUCAUCGGAACCGAGAAAAACUCGAAUUCGGGCAAUGUUUUCCCUGGUGCAUCUAUCCCGUUCGGAAUGGCAAAAGUUGGAAUUGAUGUUGAUGUUUUUGCACCUUCUGGAUAUAUUCGCAAUUCAAACAACAAUGUGACGGGUAUGAGCCUUUUGCAUGAUUCUGGUACGGGUGCAGGUGGAAGUUAUGGGACUUUUGCUUCUAUGCCGGUAUAUUGCAAGGAUGGGUCGAUCACAAAUUGCAAGCCUUCAAAAGCACAACGAAAACGUCCAAGGAAGGUAACUGGGAGCACGCCGUCUGAUAUUGCGCGUCCUGGCUAUUUUUCAUCAGUAUUGAAUGAUGAUACUCAAUUGGAAGCAACAACGACUAGGAGAACUGCUCUGUUACGUUACACAUUCAACAGCACCUCGAAGAAUCCGAUCAUUAGCAUUGAUUGGACGGAAGAUCUAUCGAAUUCAUUUAGAGGUACGGGUCAUGCACAAAUUAUCAAAGAUUCUAAUGGAAAAGCACAGCAGAUCCUCUUGAAUGGUACCUAUGGAAGCAGUUUUGCAGCUGCACAAUUCUUCAAUCAUCAAUUUGCAUGCUUUGAUUUGAAUAAUGGUGAUGAACAAAUCGUCGAUCAAUCUGCCCUUUGGACGGUUAAAAACACUGGAGAGACUACCAUCAAUACUGAGAAGAGUCAAAUUGAUGCAAGCGAAUUUGACUCUGACACUUCGCAACAUGGUGUCUUGGUGUCUUGGCAAAAAACUAAUGUAGUAGAUGGAAAAGCACAGCUCCUUCUGAGAGUUGGAGUGUCAUUUCUCUCCGCAGAACAAGCAUGUCUAAAUGCAAAAGAAGAAAUCCCAACAAUUGAUUUUGACAUGGUUGCAAACAAGUCUACAGCAGCGUGGCAAGAGAAACUCUCUCGAGUACAGCUUGAUAGCACGACUGAUCCAACGAUUCAAAAGUUGUUGUACUCUUCUCUUUAUCGUGGCUUCUUGACACCCAGCAAUGCCACACAUGAAGCACAAGGCGUGUUCACAGGCACAACAGAACCAUACUUUGACAGUCUCUACUGCACUUGGGAUACCUUUAGAACAUUCUUUCCGCUCUUAUCCCUUACAAGUGCACAAGAUUAUGCCGAUAUCACCCGGUCAUAUACCGACGGUUGGCGCAAAGCUGGUUUCAUUCCCGAAUGCAGAGCGAACAAUUUACCAGGUUAUACACAAGGUGGUUCGGAUGGAACAAACGUCAUGGCUGAUUUUGCAGUGAAAUAUCGUAAUGCAAGAAUGGGAGUGAACUUUGAUGAUUUAUACGCAGCACUAAAACAUGAUGCAACAUUCGAUUCAAAGACGUUCAAUAAUGGUGGUGGGAGACAGAUUGCAGUCUAUGAGAAGUAUGGUUAUAUCCCAUCAGAUUACAAUGAUACUGAAGUGAAAGGACUUCAACGCUUUCAGUCUUCCAGAACUGCGGAGUAUGCCUAUAAUGAUUUCGGUAUUCGUAAUGUUGCACUGUUGCUUGGAAAGAUGGAAGAUGCGGCCCGUUGGACAAAACGAUCAUUGUUCUACAAAAACGUGUUUGACAAAGACAGCGAGUCGUAUGGUUUCUCAAACUUUAUGCAAAAGAGGCUUAUGAAUGGAAAUUUUGACAAAGAAAGUCCUAUCAUCUGUAGCCCGGCUGACACAAACAAAUCCCACAACUGCUUUUACGAUGCGCAAAACACUUAUGGUUUCUACGAAAGUUCUUCGUGGGAAUACUCAUUCUUUGUUCCCCACGAUUUUGCCGGUCUUAUCUCUUUGAUUGCCAACAACUCAAUCUCAACAUUCAUCAAGAGAAUCGACACCUUCUUUGAACGCAAUUUAUUCCGAUCUGACGAUGAACCAAGCUUCCAGACUCCAGUCACAUAUCACUAUGCAAAUUCGCCAAGCCGUAGUGUAGCAAGGGUUCGUAAGCUGGUCUUGAACGAAUUCAACCUUACUGCCGGUGGAAUUCCGGGUAACGACGACGGUGCAGCAAUGGCAACGUUACUCGUGAUGCAUUUGCUCGGUUUAUACCCUGUUCCUUCUACACGAGAAUAUCUUAUUGUUUCGCCUUUUGUUCCAAGUUAUACCUUGUACAACACUUUACUCGGUAAUGUCACUUUCAAGGCACAGGAUUUCGAUCCUUCAUUUUUGCAGGGACAAACACCUUUGCAAAACAGCACAAAGGCAUACGUAAAAAGUGUUACGAUCAACGGUAAAGUGCAAACUUCAAGAUGCAAGAUUUCAUUCGAUGACAUCUUCCCUGCAGCGGCAGCAAAAACAACUGACAAUACUAACCCACCACCACAAAAUACAGAAAUCAUCUUUGAAAUGGGCACCCAAGCAGAAGUGACCGAUUGCGGUCCUGAUCCCAGUGAUCUGCCAAGCAGUAUGAGCACUGGAGGGUUUGCUAGCUUUUAA